AUGUAAUAAGCAUUUAAUCUUCCACAGUAAUAAAUUGUACCUUUUUCAAAUACUACAAAUAGAUCUUAAAGAUCAAACUCUCCAAAUUAGAGGAUCUUGUAAAACUAUAGGGAUUCAAGUUACGAUUAGAGAAGUUAAGUAUCAAAUAAGUAAUUUGGUGAAAUUGAAAUACUUAAAUAAAAAGUUAUUUAGUUGUAAAAGGAAAAUGAAAAAUUACAAAAUUAAUUAGAUAAAGCAAAAUAGAAGAUCAAGUAAUUAGAAAAUACAGAAAAUGAAUAGAUAAAUUAAAGUAUAUUCAAGACAACCAAGUUUGAAUUAGUAGUAUUGCAAAAGGUUGUUGAGUAAUUGUAAUAAUUGAAGUUGGCAUUUUAUAAAUAAUAAAAUGAGUAGAAUAUUUAAUCAGAAAAAGCAUUAGAAAAAUAAAAUUAGGAAGUAACUUUAAUAGUUAAUAGUGAAUUUAAAAGUAAAGUAUCAAUGGAAAGUUUAGAUCGAGAAAAGGAAAGUUCUAACCUAUAAGUAUCAAUUUAUGAUUAUUAGGCAGGAGAAUAUAUAAUAAUUUGAAUAAGGAAGUAAAAUAAUAGAAAGUAAGAAAGCAUAAACAUCGGAUAUAAGUGAAGCCAGACAAUUGAAUAAUUCUAUAAGCUAUAUUUAAUAGAAAGGAUGUGGAAGUAAUGCUUAUAGAAGUGUGAAAUGA